GAACACAGCAAAAAAAUAGAGGAAAGCAAAACCUCAGACAGCAGCAGCAACUAAAAUGGCAAACACAGUGGCGGUCAUUGGCUCUGGAAUUAGUGGACUUGCUGCCCUUAAAUGUAGCUUGGAAGUUGGACUUCAGGCAACGUGCUUUGAGAAGGGUAACUGUGUUGGUGGACUAUGGAAUUUUAUGGAUAAAGCAGAAAAUGGAAGAGCAAGUAUAUACCACUCUGUCUUCACCAAUGCUUGUAAGGAAAUGAUGUGCUACCCAGAUUUUCCUAUACCUGAUGAGUACCCUAACUUCAUGCAUAAUGCUGUUUUCUUGGAAUACUUGAAGCUAUAUGCCAAAAAUUUUGAUUUACUGAGGCACAUUAAGUUUAAGACAGCUGUGGUCAGUAUACAGAAGCGUCCAGAUUUUGCAAUGACUGGACAGUGGGAGGUUGUCACAGAACAUGAAGGAAAACAGCAGUCAACCAUCUUUGAUGCGAUACUCAUCUGCACUGGUCAUCAUGUUUAUCCUAAUCUUCCUUUACAUUCAUUCCCUGGUAUUGAGCAAUUCAAAGGCCAGUAUAUGCACAACAGAGAUUAUAAGCAUCCUGCACAGUAUGCUGGGAAACAUGUGCUUGUAGUUGGUUUGGGCAAUACAGGAGCAGACAUUGCCGUAGAGUUAGCAAGGUCAGCUGAAAAGGUUGUCCUCAGCACUAGAAGUGGGUCCUGGAUUAUGAGCCGUGUAUGGGAUAAUGGCUACCCCUGGGACAUGGUCUACUUGACCCGCUACCAGUCUUUUCUGAACAGAAUAUUGCCAAGAGCCAUUUCUGACUGGCUAUAUGAAAGCAUGAUGGAGAAAAGAUUCAACCAUAGCCAUUAUGGUUUGGUACCUAUAAACAAGAGUCUGAGGAAAGAGCCAGUAUUUAAUGAUGACCUAGCAACCUCAAUUACCUGUGGAACUGUGGUCAUUAGACCCAAUAUUAAAAAGUUUACGGAAUCCUCAGUGGUCUUUGAAGAUGGCUCUAUAAUGGAUAAUGUCGAUGUUGUCAUCUUUGCAACUGGCUACUCCUAUGCCUAUCCAUUUAUGGAUGACUCCAUUGUAAAAAACAGCAAAAACAAAGUAUCUCUUUAUAAAGGAGUAUUCCCUCCAACGCUUGAAAAGUCAACACUAGCUGUCAUUGGUUUAGUGCAAUCAUUAGGUGGUAUCCCACCAACCUCUGAUGUCCAGGCUCGACUGGCAGUGAGAGUUAUCAAGGGUUUAUGUAAGCUUCCAUCAAAAGACACCAUGCUUAGUGAAUUAAGUGAAGAGGAAGGAGAGAAGACAAGCUGGUUUGGGAGAAGUGAGACAUUGUCAACGGAUUAUGUCAAUUACAUGGAUGAAUUAAGUUCCUAUAUUGGCUGCAAACCGAAACUUCCUCUUCUGUGCAUUACUGACCCCAAAUUGGCAUGGGAGGUGUUUUUUGGGCCUUGUAGCCCCUAUCAAUUCCGUCUCAUGGGGCCAGGAAAAUGGAACGGAGCUCGAAAAGCUAUUUUAAACCAGUGGAACAGAACAAUCAGCGCCACAAGAACAAGAAUUGUUUCUUCUCAUCAAGCAUCCUCCUUGAUUGUUACAGUAGUCAAGUUAUUGUUUCUGCCUUUGCUUCUCCUUGCUGUGUUUCUGGCUUGGUCUUAGAUUCUUUUGCCGCCUGUUGAUAGGUUAAGUAAUUUCAAAUUUUUAGAUGCAAACUA